AUGGACAAUAGGCACUCUUCGACCCUUCAAGCACACCUCCAUACCAGUUUCUCUAGCAACCUCCCAGCAUUUCACCAAUGGCUUCUUUCCGCCAUUAUAUAUCUUCUCAUCUUUCUUUCUUUCUCUUCCCUUGCUUAUGUCUCCCAAUCCCAAUCCCAAACCCAAAUCACUUUCAAGCCGAACAAGCUCGUUCUACCGGUGCACAAAGACAGCGCCACAGCUCUUCACGUGGCAGACAUCCAAAACUUCGUCUCGCCGGCUCCCUUUCUUGUAGACUUAAACGGGCAAUUCAUGUGGUCAAAUUGCAAGCAACAACACGUCUCAUCAACCUUCCACGCCCCUUUUUGCCACUCCACCCAAUGCUCUAGAGCCAACACCCACCUCUGCCACAACAACAACACAUGUGGGCUCAUGGCGGUCAACCCGGUCACCCACCAGACCGCCAUGGCCCAGCUCGCUCAAGACGUCUUCUCCAUCCGCUCAACCCAAGGCUCAAUUGCUACGGUGCCUCGCUUCCUCUUCGCUUGUGCUUCUCCUCUCCUACUCCAAAAAGGGCUCCCAAAAAACACUCAAGGGGUGGUCGGUCUAGCCCAUGCACCAAUUUCCCUACCAUCUCAACUCUCUUCCCACUUCGGAUUUCAACCCAAAUUUGCCCUCUGCCUUUCUUCAUCCCCACGUAAAAACGGAGCUAUUUUCUUUGGAGAUUUACCCUAUGCACAAAAUCUAAGCUUUACCCCAUUAAGCAUAACCCGAAAAGCAGAGUAUUUCAUACAAGUGACGUCAAUAAAAGUCAACAACAAGCAUGUUCCACUUACAACUACCACGUCUCUUUCAUCAAUUAUCAGUACAACGGCUCCUUACACAGUUCUUGAGCGCUCGAUCUUCAAAACCGUCGCCCAACUUUUCGCCGCCGAGCUCUCUGUCUCCGGGAUAUCUCAGCUGAAAUCUCCGGUGGCACCCUUUGGGGUAUGUUAUGACUCGAGCAAAAUUGCAAGCUCAAUGGUUGGACAUGCCAUCCCUAACGUUGACCUUGUGUUGCACUCAACAAAUGUUGUGUGGAGGUUUUUUGGUGCAAACUUGAUGGUCAAGGCACGUGAGGGUGUGACAUGUUUAGGGUUUGUGGAUGGAGGGCUGAACCCGAGAGCUUCGAUUGUGACGGGGUAUCAGUUGGAGGACAAUCUUCUGCAGUUUGAUCUGGGUAGGUCAAGGCUAGGCUUUAGCUCUUCCCUGCUGUUUCACCGGACCAAUUGUGCCAACUUCAACUUUACCGGCAAACCUUAA